CAGUGAACGCUCAGCAUCUAGAAACGAAAGCGCGAGCCUGGUACGCGUGAAAACCGCCUGCAUCUUGCCAAAACGACACCGAAACCGAAUCCCAGCAUCUUUUUUAAUGUGGUUGGAGAGCUCAUUUCUGCACGGACUCCGUGUACCAGUUCAGACUGUCUGAGAGCAGCGGUGUUGAAGGACAGAAGCGGAGAGGGUUUCUAUAGCGGGACAGAAGAUGCUGCUGCUGCUUCUUCAUUGACGGCUCUGGUCCACCUCAUGAGUUAUACACACAAAAACACAACGGCACAACACUCGUGUUCUUGAUCACGAGUUUAAAACGGGUUCCUUUUGUGCCUCUUUUGUCUCCCACGUGCAAGAAAGUGGAUCCGUAUUUGAGGAGUGUCAGCGGAGCAGGCCUGUGCAAGACAGGGAGAGGAAAACUUCACAGAAGAUGAGGAAAAGCCGGAGCGUUCUGACUGUGUCACCUAAUGAGGACAGUAAAGAGCCUCCAGACUGCAGACUAAGUGAAUCUUUCACAUCUUCGGGUUCCACGCUGGGGGUAGACCUGCGGCGGAGGCGGCGGCGUUUCUCCGGUAACCUACAGUUGCCUCCUUUAUCAUGGCGGCAGACGGAGAGGUCCCGCAGUCCAGACGACGAGAUCAUGGCAAGACCAACUACACUGCCCUUCAUUACACCCCCUCGCAUUGACAUCACACCUGUGGACUCUGAGUGUUUCGAUGUGGAAAAUGGCCCAUCUGCAAGCUGUAGUCCUUUGGACCCCCAGGCCUCACCAGGUUCUGGCCUGGUUCUACACACAAACUUUCCCGGCCACAACCAGCGGCGAGAGUCCUUCCUCUACCGCUCAGACAGUGACUAUGACCUCUCACCAAAGUCGAUGUCUCGAAAUUCUUCUAUCGCCUCAGAACUGCAUGGGGAUGACUUGAUAGUCACACCUUUUGCUCAGGUUCUAGCAAGCCUUCGAAGUGUCAGAAACAACUUUACUGUCUUGACCAACGUUCAGUGCACAUCUAACAAGUGA